AUGUCUGGAGCAACUGGAGGAGACAGAAGAAUCAAAACAGCAAAUGGUAAGUAAAAAUUGUAUCAGUUUCCUUCAAACUCUAGGUAUUCUUUUCAACAUAAUGUGCCUAAUAUACUGAUCUACAAUAGUUUUAUCAAGAAAUCUUGUAUACAACUUCAUUUUAAAUGAAUCAAAUGUUGCAGUGUUGACCACAACAUACACCAAACAUAAAAUCUAAUUAUUUUAACCUAUAAUUUCCCAAAAUGAAACAAUACAUUUUAAACUUUAAAAAUUUAGGAGACACGUUCAUCCCGGCCACUCAACGUCCGGACGGUACAUGGAGAAAAGCUGUAAAGGUCAGGGAAGGCUACAUUCCGGCUGACGAACGACCAAGAUAUCAAUGUAAGGCACAAAGAGAAGCAGAAGAACGGGCAUCAAAACCCAAACUACCAGUCGGUUGGUCACCAAAAGAUCUACAAAGAGAAGCAAAUAAAAUCAAGGACGAAAAGAAGAAACGAAAUGCAAUGCCGGUGGCUGCAGUACAAUCAAAUAAUGUACCUGUUACACCAGGAGAUCACAUACAGAAGAAAAUAAAUGGUCUCAAGAAGAAGUUGGAUGACAUUGACAUUUUACAGGUAUGUUUAAAAUUUAGCUUAUUAUAUAAACAAUGUUUAAAAAUAAUUUUAUUGUUAUACGUAUUGUUUAUGUAAAGCUAUGGAAAUGCAAAAAUUUUGGGCUCAGCCGGUGAUCGAAACCGGGGCCUCUCGCACCCAAAGCGAGAAUCAUACCACUAGACCACUGAGCCGCGCUUCAAAAAGCGAGAAAAAAAGCGCUCUCUUUCAGCUGUUUUCUUUUCAAAUUUUUUUCGUUAUCAAGCAGUAAGUAAUAGUAAAAAUAACACAAUUGCAGCUUUUACAUUUAAACAUAAAAUAUAAUCCCUAAUAAUUAUCCCAAAAUAUUGUUUGAGUAAUUAAUAUUUGUUUUAUUUACAUCGUAUUUACAACUUUGCGUUUCAGAAACGUAUCGACAGCGGCGAACUUAAGAAUCCAGAGAAAACACAACUGGAAAAGAUUGAACGACGACCCGUACUCAACGACGAAAUAGCCAAAUUAACAGAUGAAUUGGAAAAGCUAACCGCAUGA